AUGGAUUAAGAAAAUCCAAAUGAUGAUGGAAUAAAUUAAAAAUUGAAUGCUUUAGCCUAAAAAUUGCAGGAGAAAAAGAUUGAAUUAUCAUACUUAUUUUAAGAUAAAUGGGUGUCUAAAGAAGUGAAUAAAGUAACAGUGACAGUAAACUCUAAAAUAUUGUGUUUCUAUUUGAAUUGGUUCUGA